UCUCGGCAAAAAGUGGGUGUACGGAGAGGUUUCGGACUUUCCGACUGGAACCGCCUCUUACGCUCCUCUGACGACCUUGCUCAACGAAAGGGUAAGGCUCUGAGAAAAAUUAAAUGGGAAGAAAUUGGAAGGCACAACAGUAUGUAUGAUGGUUGGAUUGUGUUGAGAGGAAAAGUGUACUUCGUCUCGCCGUAUCUAGCCUAUCAUCCUGGCGGCGAGAACAUUCUCAAACAGGCUCUUGGAAAGGAUGCGACUAAUCUUUACGACAAAUACCAUCGCUGGGUCAAUGAAGACGGUCUGAUUGGAAAACUCUUGAUAGGUUACUUGGACGAA